AAGAAUGCAAGGCAUCAACGCACAUUGUAAAAUUUGAGCUUGAGCUCCCACCAACAUAAGGGGAUCGGAUACAAUGGACGAAGAAAAUAGCACAAAUCUAGGUUUAGAUUCAGCGAAUUCGAUUUUUGACGAAGAAAUGGUUAAUUUAGAGGACCUGGAUUUGGAUAUUGAGUUAGGCAGCUUGAGUUUGAAUGAUGAGAAUGAAUGGGAUGCUGCAAACAUCUUAGACAACAUAGGAACACCAUUAUUCAACAGCCUCAUGCACCCUACUCUCCAUCAAUCGGAUUUAACAAUUGAGAAACAACAGCAACAGGAUUUGAGGUCCUCAAUCUCCGGAAAUCCUGAAACCCAUGAAAAUGAGGCCAUAGCAAUAGGUCACAAUUUGAAGGGAUCAUCAUCAAUUAUAGUUGCAACACGAAAUAAGAAUCAAAAUACUACUGAACCUGCUUCUAUUGAACAACAAAGUGUGACUGCCACUCUUGGUCAUGAUCCCAGUCCUCUUUUCCAGUCUUCAUCAAAUUCCUCGUCUCCACCACUCCAUCCUUCGUUGCCCAAGGUGGGAAUUAUUUUAGAAAGAGAAGGAUCGUUAACUCAUCAAGACCAAGAAUACAUUAGUAGAAUGAGUUGGUUUAAUCAAUUUCCUCAUCACAUGCAACAUGAGAAUUCACAUAGGAAUGAAGGUGGAGACAUGGAUUACCAGCACAGCAAUUCCCCAUUGGUGCCAAAUACAAUGUCAAACUACAAUUUACAGGUGGAGGUUAGGGCAGGAAAUGGAACAACAUAUCAUUCAAGUGGACAAUUUAUUAGAAACCAAAGAUCUGUGUUCCAAAACAAUAUCAUGGACACUCAUACAGCCUUUAAUUCUGGAAGUGUUUCACUGCCUCAAGACGGUUUUGCCCCUCUUCCUACUCCUGCCCCCGAAGGAAUGUAUUAUAAUAAGAUUUAUGAUUUAAACUCUCAAAAUUCGUUGCGCCUUACUCCUGACUACCCAUUCUAUCCUAGGGGGCAAGCGAAACCACACCCUUCUCUUAUUCAAGUGCCACCAACAAAUCAUGCUUAUAAUAGACCUAUACCGUCCAACUCUACUGCACUUCCUUAUUAUAGGUCUCCUCCAAUGUACUCAACUUAUCAUUCACACCAUCCACAACCUGCACCAUAUCCUCAUCCAUAUGCAACCACCACAUACCAUAAUAAUUCCUUUGGCUUGGGAUCUUCAGUGCAGCCUUAUAGUAGGUGCCCUCCACCCUAUGGUAAUAUUUAUAAUCCCCAAACGAUGAUCUUGCAGCAAUUCUCAAGGUCCCAAGAUGUGGCAUCAUCAAAUCAUCAGAUGAAUGGAUACAACAAAUACAAUGGAUUGUUGAUGAAUACUAAUACUCCUCCUCCUCCUCCUGAACGGCAGAGUUACAAUACAAUGAUGUUGCCGCAGGAAGCACUUCCUAGCAGUACAGCAGCUAUGUCAUGGAGCCAGCAGCACAAUAUAAUAAACGAUUCGCAGUCGCAGUCACAAGCAUUGAUGAGGUCAAUGAGCGCUGAGCUUUUCUCAGGCAACACUCAAGGAUCUAGUUCACAAGAUUCUAACUCCAGGGGAGAUUCUGAUGACUUUGCACGCCUCCUAAGAUUGAUUAGGCCUGAAAGUGCAUUGGGGAAUCAUCAGGAGCAACGAGUGACGACCCCGGUUUCAAUAAUAAAUAAUGUAAAUAAUCAAGUCCUCACAAGGCAGCAGCGUGGCAAAGGAAAGCUUCCUCAAUCUUCCACAACUAGGUAG